CAUGAAAAACUUAGAGAACUUCAGCACCAAAAUGAAGCUUUGAAAUUGCAAAAUGAGAUAUCGGUACUUGAAAGGCAGAUAGACAGUAUGCAGUUAUCUUUUCAAAAUCAAUAUGACUCAAACUAUGAAGGCAAACAAACGUCAACACCUAAAUUUUUAACAAGACAAUAUGCAGCACCUCUAUCAGAAAGAAGGCGACGGUUAUUACCACCGACUCCAGAUAAAAAGCCCUUUGAAAUAGAACGUGACCCUAUAAACUCAAAUUCAAAACGAAGUGUUAUGAUGAAGCCAGCUACGUAUGAUGGAACUAGCUCAUGGAUAGAUUAUAAAGCGCAUUUUGAAGCAUGUUCAGAAAUUAAUCGAUGGACAAACAAAGAAAAAGGUCUUUAUUUAUCUGUUUUAUUAAGAGGUCAAGCUCAGGGUGUAUUUGGCAAUCUGACAAGCAAAUCACCGAAUUAUGAUGAACUUGUAUUAGCAUUACAAGAAAGGUUUUCACCACCCAAUCAAACUGAAUUAUAUAGAGCUCAACUAAGAGAAAGAAGACAAAAAGCUACAGAAUCUUUAUCUGAGAUGGGGCAGGACAUAAGACGUUUGACUAAUUUAGCAUACCCUUCAGCACCAUCAGAUGUGAAAGAGACUUUAGCGAAGGAACAAUUUAUAGAUUCUUUGGUUAACUCGGAUAUGAGGCUUAGAAUUAAACAAGCUCGUCCUACUAGCUUGAAUGAAGCAGUAAGACACGCUGUUGAGCUUGAGGCUUUCAACAGAGCAGAACAAAAGUCCUAUGAAACCCGUGGUUAUAUGAGAAAGUUAAAUUCUGAUCAGUAUGAGUUUCUGAAAAGUGAAGAUGACAAAUUAGAUAGCCUGACAAAAUUAGUAGAGGAAAUGAAGAAUAUGUUAUUUAUGUUUAGACGCCAAAAUAACUAUCAAACAUUUGAUAAAAGAAACCGAAAUACUUCAAAGCAAAAGCAGAAUAAUAGAACGUCUUCAAGAACAUUUGCUAAUGAGCCAAAUACAAAUAGUUUGAAUUGUUAUGAGUGUGGUAAGAAAGGUCAUAAUAAAUACAAUUGUCGAAAGUUCAGUGGCAGAUCGAAACGAAAAAUUAAUCUGUUGGAGAAAGAUUGUGAAAACUCGUCUAAUUCGUGUGGUUCCGGGUUAUUUGUUGAAGCUACAAUAAAUGGCAUUAAAGCUAAUUGUUUAAUUGAUACUGGUGCAACAUUUUCAAUUAUUUCUUCAAGUUUUAUAGAUAGAUGUCAGUUUCCAGUAAGUUUAGAACCGUUUGGUACAAACAUUGUAAAUGCAUCUGGAAAACCUUUAGAAAUAAAAGGAAGAACACAUUUAGAUAUUAAAUUGAAUGAUAGAAUUUCAACAAAUCCUUUCAUAGUUUCUGACAUAGAGGGAGAUGCAAUAUUAGGAUUAGAUUUUAUGACAGCAAGAAAUAUUGUAAUAGAUGUUCCAAAUAAUCAGUUAACAGCCAAUGGUAAAAAGAUGAAAAUAAAUUGUAAAGGUCCGAUUGGUUGUAACCGCGUGAUUUGUCAUUUUUGUGGAAUGAAAUUUAAAAAGAAAGCUUAUAUAAGACAGCACUGUAGAAGAAUACAUAGUUCUGGAAUAUAAAUAUAAAUGAGAUUCGGAGUGUGUGUAUGCCAAAUCUAAUUGUUUGAGGCAGCUUAAAACAUAUUUUGUAAGUUCAUGCGGGGCGCAUGUAAAACGGAGGCGUGGGUAGUGUAACGUUUUGACAUUUUUACCAAGCUAGAUUUUAUUAAAGAUUAUCGUUUGCUGAAAUGAUUUUAGUGUAACUUUACUAUUAUGUUAAUUGUUUAUGUUGCGACAAUGUAUUUUAGUUUACGGUACUUUACAAUAUACGUUUGGUAUACGUAUUUUCAAUGAACGUAUGAAAUCAUAUAAUAUAAUAAUCGUCUCAGUGAUAGUGAUCAUUCUAAUCAGCCAAUGAAAAUUAAGUCAUGCUUGAGCGAUCAUCUCAGCAGGUAUAAAUACGGCGAUUAGAUCAAAAUUAUUCAGUCUGCAGAAAAAUUCACCGGGACCAGGUUAUUCUGUGUAACUGAAGCCUCGCUUCAUACAUUGAGGAUAAUUUCGUUCACCUAACUGAAGCCUAGCUUCAUAGGUAGAAAAGAAGAAUUGGCCAAAACUAAAUACUCUUGUUUAUCCAAUUGAAGCCUAGCUUCAUGGAUGUAGAUGUAAUAUAUUAAAGUUUGUGAAUUGCAUUUGACUCUGGGUACUUAUAGAUCUCCACAUUUUCUGAAAGCCUCGCUAUCAGGGAAUUGGUAACAUAUAGGUAUUAAAAAUCCAGAGGUAGAUUUAAAACGAAUUAGAUUUGUAUAGUUGGAACUUUGUUAUAGAUCCCUACCAGCAGCUUAUCUUCCUAUCUAAUAGAAGCCUCGCUUCAUAGAUAGGGAGGUGGUUGCUGGACUAUAGGAAAUUAUCGGGUUGCAGCGUCAUAUCUAUAGCUUUUGAAUUAUUUCAUUGUGUUAUAAUUACAGUAUUGUGACUUUUGAUAAUUUAAUAGUGUAUUACGGAAUGUUAAUUCAAGCUGAUUGUUUAUAAUAUUUGAUCAUUUAAGAAUCAUUUGUAUCUAAUCAAACGGCAGGUAG